AUUACAAACAAAUGAGUCGGUGAGAUCUAGCGAUACAGUCUUCACCUAGAUCACAUAUCUAUGAAACCCUUGAGAUGCAAUCAUGAUGCCAAUUGCAAAGGAAAUCAAAGCAGUCAAGGAAUUGUUCGAAACCCAGAUCACAAAACACGGACCUCUGGUUGUGAAGGAGACCCGCAAAAAAUUAGGUGUGGAAUUUGGAAUCUAUAAUAGCCGCCUGAUCGUCUUCUUCUCUCCACCCCUUCUCAAACUUGUUGGCUUCUUUUGCAAACCAUCUCCUCCUUCCUUGUGUUUCUUCUUCUUCCUUCCCCCUCUCUUUCUCCACUCUUCCUCGAUUUCCAUAUAGUCUAAAAAUCCAAGUAAAAUCAGUAGUAAGAAACCGUAUCCCACUUUUUCCGGCAUGGUUGCCAACGAUGUUGGAUGGUUCUCCGAAAUCGUUGCUCUCAUCAAUUGUUGAUUCUCUUGCAGAUUUUAUGCUUGGAAAUCAAGUUCCUUUUAAGAAAAUUGAGACUAUUGAGUGGCUACUCUGCCAGGCUGAGCCUUCCAUCAUCGUCGCCACUGGAUUCGUCACUGUCCCAGCCACUCACAAAGUGUCUUCCAUGGUGGGUCCGACCACGAGCUCCUCUACUUAGUUCAUGCUUUGCCGAUUGCAUGCCGUGGGGACUAGCGUUGCUACUGCUGCUAUGCCGAUGUUCUUAGCCUCCAACAAACUGUCGGUUGGACUCGUGCCAGCUGAUCACCGUUCAAUAUCCAGGUGAAGCGGCGAAUGGGUAUCGCCACAUGCCAUUUACAGCAGCAAAACAUGAAGAUGAGCAGGGGCAAUAGUAGAAAAUUGAGAUUUGAUUUUUCUAGAUUUAAUUGUAAUUUGAUUUUUUAAUGAAAUUUAUAAGAUUAU